AUGUCGUGGGCACGCCCGGAGUUCCGAGGAUCGUUGAGCAGAGCUAUGGGUGUGGCGGAUCGCCGUUCGGCCGAGCCCGCUCGGUCGACGGCCCCAUCCGGCCCCCCAAGUACGACGACUGGAGAAGUUGGCGUGGCAGACCGCCGUCCGGAGGAGCGUGCUCCCCCGGCGGCCCCGUCUGACCCGCCGUCUACGACGACUCGGCCUUCGAACCCGGACCUCGAGUCAGGAGAAGACGACGAUGUUAUCGUCAACUUGGCAGAUUUCCUGCCCACGAAGAACGGGAAAAGGACGGCAGCCAGCGCACCGCAUCUCCCAGACGGCGGGCUACGCAAGCGGUCCUACACCACCGCAGCUACCGGCGCCAAAAAGACGCCAAAGAAGAGGAGGCAGCUCGCUGUCUCUACAAACGGGGGCAGACGGCGCGCCCUACCAGACGACAGCGGUGCUGGAUCGACAUGGACGACCGUCACGUCGAAACGUGCGGCCAGACCACGGACGACGCCCUCACCGCCGCCCACAUCGACCGCAAACCGCUUCGGGGCACUUGCGGUCGAAAAUACUACUGAACAGCCUACUCCAGAGCGGUCGGCGCCCACGGCCGCCGCCAAAGCAGGCUGUUCAAAUGAUGAUGAUGACGAAGAAGCCGUCCCCACCACCGGACGGUCACACCGGAGGCCGCCGCCCAUAGUCUUCGAGGUGGACGACUGCCGACUUCACCUUGCGAGCUGCAGCAGGGAACCUGGUGCGGCUACAGGUCGCCAACACAGAAGAUUACAUCAAGGUGACGAGCGAGGCGUCAAACCAGGGCCUCCACUGGUUCACACACGCCGCCGUCCCCGAGCGACUACUGAAGAUUGUCUUUAA